UGAUCAUUCUGCGCAGCGCCGCUUCAAGUCAACCACACCUAUUAUAAACAAGUAUUUCGUCACAAACUCCGCCCACACAGAUUCUUCCUGCUUUUAUGAACGGAGUGACAAACCUCGACAUGCAGUACAAUCAGUAAUGUCUGAGAGGAUGAUGAACACAGAUGUCAGGAGUCAGAGAAGAAGAAGAUCAACUCAUGACUGAAGAAAGAACAGAAUAUCAACAUGGCCAGCAGAGAAAGCAGAGUGUUUUUAAUUUCUACAGCUGCUGUCCGCGGUUCUGCUCACAGGAGAAGACAGAGCAAAGACAGACCAACAAGAAUAAUGAGCAAUCUGAGGAUUGUCCUGCUGGGUUCGAGCGUGUCAGAAAACAGUAUUGUGGGAAACUACAUAUUAGGACGAGCAGCGUUUGACAGUGAAGCUCCUCCAGAUGUUAUAGAGAGAGUCGGAGGAAGACUGAAGGACAGACAUGUGAUCAUCAUCAACAGUCCUCAGCUGCUCCAGACAAACAUCUCAGAUCAUCAGAUCACACAGACAGUGAGAGAGUGUGUGAAUCUGUCUGAUCCAGGACCUCAUGUGAUCGUUCUGCUCCUCAAACAUGAGCCGUGUUCAGCAGAAGAUCAGGAGUGUGUGGAGAAAGUGCUGCGCUCUUUCUCUGAGCAGGUUUAUCAACACACCAUGGUGAUCACCACACAAGAGCCCACUGAAACCAAUGACAUCCUACAGAAAAUCAUUCAGAAGUGUGCAAACAGACACUUCAGUCUUCAGAGGAGCAGCUCUCCUGAUGAUCUUCUGAAGACGUUUGAGCACGUUGUGAAAAUGAAUGAUGGACAGCACCUGAAUUGUGAAGGUUCACAGUAUUUAUCAAUGGAGAAAAAGACCACAGGAAGACUUGCAGAGUGUGUGAAGCUGAAUCUGGUUGUGUGUGGGAGUGAUGGCUCAUUAAAAUCCUCCAUAUCAGAGCUGAUCCAGCAGCAGACAGACAGAAGAUCAGACGAGGAGCUUCAGGAUCGUCAGAUCAGUCUGGUGGAGCUUCCAGCUCUGACUCGCCUCUCAGAGGAGGAAGUGAUGCAUCAGACUCUCCGCUGUGUGUCUCUCUGUGAUCCUGGAGUUCAUGUUUUUCUCCUCAUUAUUCCUGACACUCCACUCAAUAAUGAAGACAAAGCAGAAAUGGAGGAGAUCCAGAGGAUCUUCAGCUCAAGAAUCAACAAACACAUCAUGAUCCUCAUAAAACAGAAUUCAGAGCAUCAGACAGAAGAACUCAGUGAAGAAACACAGUCUGUCAUUCAGAGGUUUGGAGGACGACAUCAUUUCUUUGGUCCCAAAACACAAGUGUCCACACUGAUGGAGAACAUUGAGCAGAUACUGGAAGAAAACAGAGGAAAUGUUUUCUCCACAGAGACAUUUCUGGAGGCGCAGAUGAAAAAACUGAUGAAAUUUGAAGAGAUGAAGAAGAAAAUCCAUUCACCGGAGACUCAUUUACUCUUACAAGUUUCAAGAGAAAACACAGAUGAUGAACUGAGGAUUGUGCUUCUGGGAAAAACUGGAGUUGGGAAAAGUGCAACUGGAAACACAAUCUUAGGAAGAGAUGCUUUUAAGGCAGAAGCAUCUUUUGAAUCAGUAACUAAAGAGAGUCAGAGAGAAACAUCUGAAAUCAACGGGCGAUGUGUUACUGUGAUCGACACUCCAGGACUGUUUGAUACUGAACUGAGUAAUGAGGAGAUCCAGAGAGAAAUCAGACACUGCAUCUCCACGAUCCUGCCUGGACCACAUGUGUUUCUCUUACUGAUACCACUGGGACGAUUCACUAAACAUGAGGAAACAUCAGUGAAGAUCAUCCAAGAGACAUUUGGUGAGAAAUCUUUAAUGUUCACCAUGGUGCUCUUCACCAGAGGAGAUGAUCUGAAGAACAAAACCAUUGAUCAGUGUUUGGGAAAUCCUGGAUCUCCUUUGAUGAAGCUGAUUGAAGCGUGUGGAAACAGAUUCCAUGUGUUCAAUAAUAAUCAGACUGAAGACCGAACACAGGUGUCUGAUCUACUGCAGAAGAUAGACAACAUGGUGAAAGAAAACGGAGGGAGUUACUACUCAUGUAAGAUGUUCAGACAGAUGGAGAGAGAAAAACAAGAACAACAGAUGAAGAUCCUGAUGGACAGAGUCAGAGAAAGAGAAGAAGACAUGAAGAAACUAGAAGAAGAGAAAGAGAGAAUGAAGAUGAUGAUGGAGGAAGAAACACAGAACCGUGAGAAAGAGAGAAAGAGAAGAGAAGAGGAACUGAAAAGAGAAAUAAGAGAACAAGAGAAACAUCAGAGAGAGAUACGAGAUGAGAUGAGACGAGAACGAGAGACAUUUAGACAAGAAAUAGAGGAAAUUAGGCUAGAAAAGGAGAAAAUAAAAGCAGAAAGAGAAAAACUUAAGACUGAAUACGAUACAGAAAUUGACAGACUGAUGAACAGAAUAGAGAAUGAAAGACAGAAUCAUGAAACGGAGAGAAAGAUAAGAGAAGAAGUGUUUAAUGAAAGAGAAGAACAAUACAAAACACUUACGAAAGAGAAAGAAGAACUGAUGAAAAAACAAGAAGACGAGAAAGAGAGAAAUGGUGACGAAAGACAGAGAAGAGAAGAUAAAUUCAGAGAGCUGGAACAAAGAUAUCAAACACUAAUGAAAGCGAAAGAAGAAAGAGAGGAAAAGAUGCGUGAGGAGAUGAAGAGAGAACGAGAGGAAUGGGAGAAACAGAAACUAGAAGAAAAGACCAGAAGAGGAGAAGAGGAUGAGAAAAGAAGAGAGAAAGAACAAAGAGAUUGUGAUGAAUUUAAUCAGAGAUUGAAAUUAGAGAGAGAGAGAAUGGAAAGAGAGAAAGAAGAUCUUCAAUCUAAACAUGAAGAAGAAAACAAAAUUAAGAUCCUGAUGGAGAGAAUGAACAGAGAAAGAGAAGAACUGAUGAAGAAACAUGAAGAAGAGAAAGAGAGAAUGAAGAUGAUGGAGGAAGAACGACAGAAUCAGGACAAAGAGAGAAAGAGAAGGGAAGAGGAAUUCAGAGAAAGAGAAGAACGAUAUAAAAGACUAAUUAAAGACAGAGAGGAAAAGGAGAGUAAACUGCUUGAGCAGAUGAAACAGGAACGAAUGCAAUGGGAAAAACAGAAACAAGAUGAAAGACAGAAAAGAGAGGAAGAGAAGAAGAAAAAAGAAGAAACAGAAAAACAGAAAUCUGAAUCUGAAAGUGAAGUUAGUGAUCUCACAACCGGUCUGAAUUUGGUCUUGCUGGGAAGAAAACAAACUGGAAAGAGUGCGUCAGGAAACACAAUACUGGGACGACAAGCUUUCCUUUCAAAGAAAAGCUACACUUCUGUCACACAAGAUAUUGCUGUUGCAUCUGGAACUGUUGGUCACAUUCCAGUCACUGUUUAUGACACACCAGGAUUCUGUGACCCAGAGCUGAGUGAAGAAGAGAUUCAGCAGAAGAUUGAAAAGGUUCUCCAGAAAUGUGAAUCUGGUCGCUGUGUGUUUCUGCUGGUCAUCAAAGUUUUCAGAGUCACUGAAGACGAGAGAGAAACUGUGGAGAAGUUUGAGAAGCUGCUGGGAGAAGAACGCUUGAAGAAAACCUGGAUUCUCUUCACCAGAGGAGACGAACUGGAGGAAGAAAACAUGACAAUACAAGAAUUCAUCAGUGAAACUGAACCACUGAAGAAACUAAUUCAAAAAUAUGAUCAGAGAUACCAUGUGUUUGACAACAAGAAAGAGGACACACUACGCAAGUUCAAGAGCUGCUUAGAAAAAUACUUAAGCCAUACUGUCACACAAUGGUUGGAGAAGACAAACUGAAACUGAAUUCACUGAAGAGAAAUAUACCAGAAAAUGUUGAAGCAGUCACUCCUGCUGUUAGUCUCUCAUCCAGACGGAUUGUUCUUCUGGGUAAAACUGGUGCUGGGAAAAGUGCAGCUGGAAACACAAUACUGGGACAG